ACUGACGGAAGCAAACGUAGGUGGGGUAACACACAUUAAAUACAUAGAACUCUAGUAAUUCUUCGUAUCACAUACCACAAUCGGCCACAAUCCGCACGAAAUUUGAGAAGGGAACAUGUUGCUUUCGGUGCUGUCAAUUCUUUCGCUGGCAUACGCUGCCCAGGCGGCCGAGGUCUGCUAUGGAGACCUGGGUUGCUUCACUAACAUCGCCCCGUUCUGGGGGCUGAACCGCCCGCUGUCGUCCCUGCCUGACCCCCCGGAUGUCGUCGGGACUAAGUUCUACCUGUACACCCGCGCUAACCCUACUAUGGCGCUCAGGGAACGCCUGGUUGCUGAUUCCAUCGCCACGUUGUCAGCCUCGCACUUCAGCUCCUCCAAACCAACCCGUAUGGUGAUCCACGGUUUCACCGGUAGUGCUGAACAUGCCUGGGUACAGACUAUAGUGGAUGAGCUGCUGCUGAAGGAGGACAUCAAUGUCAUUACCGUUGACUGGGCCGAUGGAGCAUCCAUUGGCGGGUCUUACGGACAGGCCACGGCCAACAGCCGAGUGGUGGGCGCGGAAGUGGCAAAGAUCGUCAACUACAUGAGCGCACAGACCGGAGCAAACGCACGCAACUUCCACCUGAUUGGUCACAGCCUGGGUUGUCACGUGGCUGGAUACGCUGGCGACAUCCUCGGCAACGUUGGACGAAUCACUGCUCUUGACGCAUCUGAGCCUUACUUCGACGGCAUGGACGCCAUCGUCAAACUGGACCCCACGGACGCUCUCUUCGUUGACGUCAUCCACAGUGACGGCUCUCCGUUCAUCGGGACGCUCGGCAUGGGCACCAGUCUCCCCACCGGUCACGUGGACUUCUACCCAAACGGUGGCGAGUACCAGCCCGGUUGCCAUGACAACUUUGUCUCAAGUGUGGUCUCCACCGGCUUCGGGCUUCUCACCGAAGGAUAUGACGGCGCUGAGGCAGCCGCUGCUUGCAGUCAUUUGAGGGCGAUUGACUACUUCACGGAAUCCAUCAACUCCGAGUGUCCCUUCACCGCCUACCCCUGCGAGAGCUAUGACAAGUUUAAGGAUGGGUUCUGCAUGAGCUGUGCCGGUAACACGUGCUCCCAGAUGGGUUAUCGGGCCCGGGACCACUACGGCGCGCGCGGCAAGCUGUACCUCACCACCACCGACGGUACUCAACCAGGCGGCAAGUUCUGCGCCUACCACUACAAGGUCCAAGUGACGUCAUCCACCCGUAUGGAAGAGACUGCCGGCCGUAUCUACGUCACGUUCCAGGGACCCAGUGGUAUCACGGACACCAUGGAGGUCACCGAUGGUGACGUCAUGGACCUGAAGCCCGGCGUGACGUACCAGAAGCUGGUGAGCAGCCCGUCAAACAUCGGUGACGUCAGCAGAGUCGGCCUGAGAUUCGAGAGGUCCAGCAGCAUCUGGGACUUCUUCGCUGCCCAGUACUACACAGUGGGCAAGGUGACCAUCACAGCCGGGGAGACACAGACAAGCUUCAAGUUCUGUGGCAGCGACACUCCCGUCAACAAUGGCGAGACUCUACAGCUGACACAGGUUGGGGGAACCUGUUAAAGACGCCCCCCUCCCCUCCAGCUAAAUAAUCACAGCGACAUGGCCGGCAAAUUAGGAGACAAUCAUUUCGCUUUGCGGAUAGCAAAAAAAGUAUUUGAACCUGA